AUGAAGAUUUUUUUAUUUCAGAGAAGAUCUUCAAAUGUUGACGUUAGCGUUUUGUGUCAGCUGGGUGAAAGUUUUGGUACUCCGAACCCACUGGAACAUGAUUUACGAUACUUAUUGGAAACAGGUGACUAUGCAGAUGAAGCACUAGUGUUUACAGCAGAUGGAACAAAUGAUCAUUUAAGACAAGACUCAGGAUCCUCGGAGUAUGGAUUUCGUCCAAAAAUCAAACUUCCUUGCCAUAAAGCAAUAUUAAGCGCGCGGUCACCAUUUUUUCGAAAUUUAAUUGCGCGGCGUACACGUAAAAUAGAUGAGUAUGUAGAACGAUCUUUACACGUUCCGACUCGUAUUGUGUUAGACGAAACUGUUAUUCCAAAAAGGUAUGCACGCGUAUUGCUUCAAGCUAUUUAUUUAGACACAGUAGAUUUGACUUUGAUCUUGCGUGGUGUUGGAUCAAGUACAACAGCGGGUUCUCUAGGAGAAGUCCAUGCUUUAACCAACACUGGCCGAGUGCGUCCAACAACUCUUGAAGAAGCUAUGGAGCUAUAUCAAAUCGGACGUUUUUUGGAACUUGAUAUAUUGGCCCAAGGAUGUGAGGAUUUGAUUUUAGAAUGGUUAUCUCUAGACACCUUACCCACCGUUUUAAGGUGGGGCUGCCAACCUUAUGGUUCUGCAUGGGUUUUUCGACAAGCUUGUCAAUAUUUGCGAGAAGAAUUUUCGGCUGUUAGCGCCUCGCCAGUUCUGCAUCAAUUGGAUAAAUCCCAGUUAAUACAUGUAUUGCACAGUAACUUUUUACAAGCGUCGGAGUUAGAAAUAUUGCAAGCGGUUUUAAAAUGGGGCGAGCAAGAACUUAUUCGACGUAUGGAAGAUAGAGAACCAAAUUUGUUGUCACAUACAGCCCAUUCAGUAACACGCAAAGGUGUAAAAAAACGCGACAUAAGUGAUAUAGAACUAAGAGAAAUUCUGUCAGAACUGCUACCUUUAGUACGGAUGGACCAUGUCUUACCCCCUCAUUGUGACGUUUUAUGUCAAGCCAUUCGAAGAGGUCUUGUAAGUACACCUCCAUCACAUAUGAUUGGGGAUGAAAGAGAAAAUCUCCGUAUCAACGCCUGGAUUCGUGGAGGAAAAAACCAGGGAUUGUAUGUAAGGCCGCGUCUAUUUAUGCCAUAUUUUGAAGAAGUAAAAACACUUUUAGAAGAUCGAAUGCCAACGCACAAUCACGUAGAAAUAUUACGAAUGCGCACGACUAGGCAUCCUCCAAAUAUUCCAGACACAUUGUAUAUGGUAUCUCACUUAAAUUCUGGCUCAAACAGGGGUAUUGGGGCAGAAAGAAAUAAUGAUGAACAACAUUUUGGUUUUUUAGGGGGAGCAGUUGCAAUACCGCCACCGGACAACCAAACGUUAUUAGCUAUGCGGAAGCGUGAACAUAAAUUGCGUCAAUCACCAAUGUGCCAACGUGCAUUGCUGCUCCCUCUUUCGUCAAAAAAUGAAAUUGACCGGCAAAUUAGGCUUAGAGUUGUUAGAGAGUUUAAUCUUCCGGAUGAAGUAUCUGAUAUAUUGGGGAACUCUCUCCAAAUCAAUAAAGGAAGUAAUGAUCUCUCUAUAGAAGCAACUGUUACACCAUCAUCGGCCCAAAAUGAGGUUAGUUUACUUGAAGAUGAAAACCAGAGACCCCCCCCUUCGCCAGCUGCUCAUGGAUCAGUUUCACAAUACACAAACGCAGCACCUUCGUUUCUAUCGACGGCUACAAUGGCAUCAUCAGUGUCGUCUUAUAAUACUGAUAUGGUUCACCCAUGUAACAACCGAAAUCUUACUUUUCCAAGACAUCACUCAACUGGUAUUAUUGGUGUAGCUAAUUUUAUGGCAUAUAAUUCUGGUCCUGGAGCACAGUGCAGCUACGCACGUCUUUCAAAUUCAAGUCAACAUCGUAACGAUUUGCCUGCCUUGAUAACUGAGGGCGAUUUUGGAUUUUCUCAUGAUAACAGUCUGGGGUCUGAUGCCGACACCGAGGGUGGAGCAUUAGUGACUAUGCAGAUGAAGCACUAG